UUACUACAGCUAUUCAAAGACGGUAAAUCUCAUUCGUAUUGUCUCACAGUAUACCUUCAGUUUGUUGUUCAUAAAACAAUAACACGAUGUCUUUUAAGUUAUCUAUUUUGUUACUGUCGUUGAUUUUAGCUACUAAUUCCGUACCGGGAGAUGAAUAUGAAGCUAUGGAUACAGAUUUAACUGAUGAAUAUGUAAAAAUAGAUAUGGGAUUAACUGCUAUAGAAGAUUUGGAUGAUGAUCUCAUUAAAGACUUCGUUUCCAUACAGCUAGACCCUAAAGACCAAUAUGAAGCUUUAUAUCCAGAAAGAAGAGCUACGAAUGCUAUGGUUGCUAGUACCCAUAGCUCUAGCUGUAGCUGUGAACCGGACCCAAUUGAAGCUGAAAUUCUAAGAGAUUCGUACAAUUAUUGUAGAAGUUGGAACAAUAAAUAUCCAAAUCAGAAGGUUGCAAGAGGUGAUUUUAGGUUGUUUAUGGGAAAAAACAAAAGCGACAAUUACAGAAUACAACAAUACUACGUUGAUCAUCCAAGUAUACCUCAAGGUCCUUUUGACUUGGACGGAGAUGGAUAUGGUAAACUUUUUAAAUACAUAUGCAAAAGCCGUGGCGUUUCUGUAGAACACUGGGCAGAAAAUAGAAAAAAUAGGGCGGAAAAAGAGUCACGGGAACAGACUUCAUUGUUCUUCUGGCAGGAAAACAAUUAGCUAGUUAAAAUAAAAGUUACAAGAAAAAAACCUAUACAUACUAAUUAGUCUAUUAUUAUGUUAAAAAAUAGGGUACACUAUAGUGUACCCUAGGUCUAAUUGGAUGUUACUAUAGAUUAAUAAAUGUAUUUAUUUAUUUAUUUAAAGUCGGUACACUAUAGUACCCGGGAGUCUGAUUAUCUAAAAAAAUGUCUAAAAAAUCAGCAAUUCAAAAU